UGUUCACUACGACACGCGUUAGCAAGGUGUCAAGUCUUACGAAUUUCCAAUAGUUUUCGCUGUUUAUUACCUCACAUAAUUUACAAAAAUGGUACAAAAUCGCAUGCAGUUCACUUGGUAAACUCAAACCAAUUUUCGAAAAGUUUUUGAAAUUUUUCAACAACCUGAAAAUUGUGAUUUUUGUAGAUUUUAUAAACUUUUUGUGUACCUUUCGGCACAAACUUUUGAAGUGCGCAGUGUGUUGAAACGUUUCAAGUGCCAAGGAUCAUCUUGAGGACUUGCAACUGCAGCUUUUCAUCAGAGAAUUUCAAGAACGUUUUUGCAAGAUGUGCGAUCAAAUGUGCAACCCAGCCAUGUCAGGUGCUGAAAUGAAACUUCACAACAAAGACAUUUGGAAUCAGUUCCACGAGCACACCACGGAAAUGAUCAUUACCAAAUCGGGAAGACGCAUGUUCCCCUACCUGCGCCUGGAAGCGGCGGGUCUAGACCCCGAGGCGCGCUACUUUGUGCUUCUGGAGCUGAAUUUGUCCUCCAGCAAACGCUACAAAUUCAACGGCGCUCAGUGGACGCCCAUCGGCAACGCCGAACCCCAACUUCCCCCCUCGUCACGCCUCUACAUCCACCCUGACUCGCCCGCCCUCGGACGGCAUUGGAUGUCGCAGAGCAUCCUAUUCAACAAGGUCAAGCUCACCAAUCACACACUGGAUCGAUCUGGGAAUAUAGUACUAACGUCGAUGCAUAAGUACAUGCCGACAAUUCACCUGGUGAUGGCUUCUGAUGUGCUGGCUGUACAUUGGAGUCCCACCACCUCUUUCAGGUUCAAGGAGACUGAGUUUGUUGCCGUCACUGCUUAUCAGAAUGAGAGAAUAACGAAGCUGAAAAUCGACAACAAUCCGUUCGCAAAAGGAUUUCGCGAAACUGGACAAUCACGAUUGAAAAGAAGAAUGCAGCAAGCAAAGGACAAGGAGGAUGAAGUUCAUGAUAUGAAGAAAAGAUCAUCUCCUAUGUCAGUGACACCUACCCCGGAUAGUGGAAUCUCCUCAAUUGGAUCUCCCGCUGAAAGAUGUUCGCUCUCAGAUGAAGACACCAAAAACAACAUGGCGCUUCUGUCAUGUCCAGAGGACAGCUACGACAAACACCACAUGUUUUCAAACAACAUGAUCGGCAGAUUCUCAUCACCACCUCCGACCUCCUUCACAACAUCGCAACAUCAAAUCCACUCCCCAUGGAUGGAUCUUCCAUUGCCGCCUUAUCCAAUGAUCCCUCCAUACUGUCCUUCAGUAUCCUCAUUCCCUCCAACACUCUGGCCUUAUCCUCCAUUUCUACUGCCUCGCUCCAUGAUUCCCACCUCGGAAAACUCCUCAUUUUCCUCAUCGCUUUCCCCUUCAUCAUCCCUAUCCUUGUCCCCCUCUUCGUCAUUCUCAUCACCUCCCCUCUCCCAUCCCUUCCCCAGCCACAAAUUCUUCCUCCCCCCUCAUCUCAUCCCAUACUUACCCCCCACCAUCCCCCCUCCGGUCUCCGAGCCUUGUCUGAUAGAUCUAUCAGUCAGAAAGUAAUGUAAAAACUCCCCGAGUUCUUCUCACGGUUUCAUAUUUUUUUCGUAUGGUAACCACUUUGAAUACCAAAGAUGUAUAUUUUUUGUUUAUUAUAAUGUAAGGAAGGUCUUACACAGAACUGAAUUUUUUGUUCGAAUUUUGUCAAGAGUGUUACCGUACUAUGUUCAAAACCGUUAGAGUAUAAAGUAUGGGAUUAUAUUAUUAGAUAUAUAAUUAUUUGAAGGUUGUAUAAUGAAAUGAUCUUAUGUUAUCUGAGAAGUGGAAUAUUAUUUUGAGAUUUUGAAUUUGAGAGAAAUUUGAAAGCAAUAUUUUAUUAAUUUAGGCCUAUAAUUUGUAAAUAUAGAAUAUAUAUAGCCUAAUAAUAAUAAAUCAUUUUAUUUGUAAACAGUAUAACAUACAAAUGAGUUGAAUAUAACAAAUUCUAACAAUGACUAAAUUUAACCACAUAAACAAAUUGUUUGGCAAUAGAUUUAAUUGGCAAGAGCCAAUUAUACAUUCGCAUACAUCCACGAACAAUGAAAGUACCCACAUUACAAUCAAUAAACAUAUUACUAUGAAUAAAUUGCCAACAUUCAACAAGCUGACAUUAGAAGGUUCAAGGUUAUCAAUAAAAUCAAUAGAUUCAAAACAUUC